CUAAAUUCAAACUGUAUGCGUUACCUGUCGUCGAUCUCAGAUUGGAUAAAUUACUAAAGUUUGCUAGCAUGCAAUAACAAUUUCGUUUCUGUGUUAAAGGAGGUUAUUUUUAUAAUAACUGCAGGUGAAGAUGGAGCCAGUUGAUACGGCCAAGAAUGAUGACAGCGCUGGAUUAUCGAAGCCACGCAUUUCAUCGAUUUUAAAAGUACCACAGAGAUCAGUCCUGCUGUCUGACCUUGAGCAAGUGGAAAAUUUGGUUGAGUGUGUCAAACCAGCGGAAAAGAGGACCUCAAAACGAGUCAGUUUCGCCCUUUCUAACGAUGUUCUCUUUUCCAAGGAGGUAAAAAGUGUCUCUUCUCAAAGCCAACUGCAAGUGUUAAACCCACCAGCGUCUGAAGCAUCCAAGGAAAACAGGCUGCAGGUUGCGGUUGCAGGAGAAAUGAUUCAGCAUCGUAGUGGAAUGGAGACUUUACUGAAUGCUCCUCUGCAUGCCUCUCAACAAAGAGAUCAGGUCUACUUUGAUACUGAGCAGGACUACGGUGAUAAAACUGUGAUGUUUGCUGCAGAUGAUGCGUUUAUGGACAUGACCCACAGCCAUACUAUAAACCUUGCCAGUGAUCCGGAAUUACGUGCAGAGAAUUUGGGUAUUUUACCCACUCGCAGAGAGAAAAUGAUGCCCACAGGAGAUGAUGGAUCCCUGGGAAUGACCAAAACCCUGAAUGAGCCAGUAUCACAUUCAGUUAUUCCACAUCAAAAGUUUAACCUCUUACCCACUGGCAAAAGUGUGGAUUACAGCAUAGCUACAGGGAAUAAAAACACAUCCUCCUUGAGGCCUGAUUUGGAUCCAGGAUUUAAAAACUUUCUGGCAAGUCUCUGUAAACCAAGUGGACCCGUUGUUAAUCCUGUGAUCGCCAGAGUGGGACCUAAUGCUGCAGCGUCCGGCAAAGAAACUACGGACACAAAUGAGUCGCCGGUCCAUCUGUCUGCUGAGGUGGAUAAAGAGAACCAGGCUCCGCCCUUGAUUUCAGCUUUAAAGCGAAAGUCACUGAAUCAAACCAGAAUGACUCGAGAACGUCCUGAGUUACGUACACUCUGCCCUGAAGGUGAAGUCAGCGUGGACAAGACCAAAGCUCAUUCAGGGUGCGUGAGCAAAACCGAAGCCAUGGAUGCGGCUGAUACUCAAACAGGCCAAACGGAGGGAGUCACGGAUGCAGACGAUCCUUUUCGGUGCCUCUUUGCAAUACAAGACAACGAGGUGUCACAGAGAGCUGAGAAGGUGAAAGCUUCAGAACAGAGCGGUACAACACGUGGAUCGUUCAGCCUUAAAGCUCUGGAAACUAAUAGGUUCCUCAGGUUGGUCGGUCAAGAAGCCCCUCAGAGCUCUGAUGUGAAGACGUUAAAUCUUCCACUUCAAGCCUGUCAACAAAGACAUAUGGUUGACCUUGGCAGAAAAGAUGAACGCAGAGACACGACACAAAAGCCUAAUUCUGAGUCGCAGUUGCGUCUUUCCACAAACGGGUCCCUGACCAAGCUGAACACUCAGAGACCUGGCGGGCAUAAUGAGAGUCUGUUUCCAGCCUCGACUUCAACUGUGAUGGAGAAACUACUAAAUGCAACCAAACUUACAGGAGGGUCAUCAAGUGGAGGUGGACAUGACCAAGUGGAGGUGGACAUGACCAACGCUCGGACAGGCAAGACUUUAGCAAUCACAGGUACUGGCAGACCUCUUCAGUGUCUCCUUCCAACCAAAGAUUUGCAGCCACACUGUGAUACUGUGAAAGCAGAGAUGACAUCAGAACAUCAGAGUAGUGCUGCACGAUGGUCAUCAAGUCCGAACGGUAUGGAAACAUUUUCCAGUGAAUCUUUAAAUAAAUUAGAGCAAAGACAUCAGGUGAAACUUGAUGGUGAAGAGCGCUGUGAAGACAAAACCGUCAGGUUUUCUGCCGAUAAUGCAUGUAUGGAUGUGACACGUAGUUAUACUGUAAACAUCGACAAGUAUUUGGAAUCACAGUUUAUUACUACAGACCACUGUGACUCUCUGCCGACUCAUGGAGCGAGAAAGGUGACAUUUCACGAAAAUGACAGAGCCACGAAUAUCUCCCAGUGUCAUACUGGAGACCAAAAAAGGCAUGCACAGUCAAAGGUUGUAGGUUUAGACCAAAGCUGCAACCUUUUACCCACUCAUAAAGAGAAAAUGAUGAGAAAACAAUUUUACACUAAUGAUGAAUCCAUGGAUAUAACCCAAUGUCACACUCUCAAGGAGAGAAAACUAUGCGAUUCGGCGUUAAUGAUGGAUCCAUGGAUAUAA